GAAGAGCAACAGUUAGAUGUCUCAGACGGUAACGCGGCUGCAAGAGUUAUUUCAGCAGAAGGAGCCAAAGAAAAGUCAGAAACCUUCCCUGAGCUGCAGCUCAAACUACACAGAAGCUACAAGCAGAAGAGGUCUGAGUCCGCACAGGAGCCCGCUGGGCCGAAGAAUUUCUGGGCUGGAUUUCACAGUGUGCACACAUUUAGAGUUUGUGGAACGCUAGGAGCCAGUGGUCGUCUCAUUCACAAUAUGCAGCACACAACUCUCACAUGGCUAAAGAAACUUUACUGCUAACAUCUGAGGAUUUGAAUGCACAGGCAGCAGCUUGGGAUCUCUGCACGAUUAACCCCCAAAGCAUCAAGCUUUUCAUUGGGACAGCUUCGGCAAGAGGAUGGUUUUUCUUCAUUCUUUUUAGCCCUUGUGCAUGACGGAAUGCAUGAGGACAUGCGUUUUUCCAGUAAAAAUAGCUGUUACUGGUGUUUUUUGGUGCAUUCUGCAGCGUUUUACAGCCUUGUUGCAUGAAAAAGUGCAUGCUGUCAGGUUUAAGGUGGAGAAUCUACACAAACACCACUGCUAUAGUUGAUGUUCCUGUUAGUUUAGAUCUGGUCAGAGCUUUGAAUGUGGGUUCAGAUGUUCCUCAACACGGUGCUAGUGGUCCUGACGGACUUGGCAGCCAGGUUUCUGGGUAACACGGCGUUUAGGCAGCACUUCCACCUGCUGCUGUCAGCGGUGGUAGUGUUCGGCCCCACCCUGAGCCUUUGGGUAUCUCAGCACAGCAUCUUUGCCAAGAAAAGCCACUUCCUCUACAGGUUGUUCUUGCACUCCGGUUGGGGAUGGACCUUCAUCUUCGUUGGCUCCUUUGUCUUCCUUCUCUCCUUCUCCAUCCGUCGUUCCCUCUUACUUUCCCUUCAUCAUCUCUCCAGGCUUGCAGUAGCAGGUGGACUUUGGCUUGGUUUCUGUAAACUACUAGACCUCUUGGAGAACACUACAGGAAGCUGCUAUGAAUCUUUAAAUGUAGAGGUAGCAAACGGACAGCCUCUGCUGGUGCUGCGAGAGGGGGAGAGCAAGAAAGAGUGCCUGAAAGGCGGGAUGGUUUGGAGGGGAUAUGAGGUUUCAGAGGAUGUCUUCUUUCUCUGUCUGUGCUGCCUGCUGCUGGCGGAGGAAACUGCUGUGUUUGGCCCUUAUCUCAGCCUCGGAGGGGUCUCUGAGGCUCCGCUGAGGAUCCUCUUUCUCUUUUGUGUUCUCCUCCUUGGGCUUUGGAUCUUUCUGCUGCUCUGUCUUCUAGCCUAUUUUCCUCGGUUCCCCACUCAGCUGCUGGGGGGUGCUCUGGGCUGUCUCAUUUGGAGAGGACUAUAUCAGGGCUGGUACCGCAUGGGGCCCAGCUGGUGCAGCCCCGGGAGACCCGGACAUGGAUUGCUCAGCACAAAGAAUGAGGCGGAGGACGCAGAAAGCAAGAAUCACUACAAUUAGCUAAAACACAAAUAUGUAAACAAUGAAUAUGAAAUAUAUCAAAUCCAGAACAAAGUAAAGGACUUAACAGUG